AUGACGGCCAUGGACACAGCAAAAGAUGCUGCUCCUCUGGGAACACGAUGGAAUCUCCGAGAGCAGAUUGGAGUGCAGAGAGAGCUCCUCACCAUCCUGCUGUCUGAGCCGAGAUUCAGAACCUUGAUGCUGGCGCUCUGGCUCUCUGAUUUCGGAAGCUCGAUUCAUCGCCCGGUUAUCACCUUCUUUUUCCUGCAGCUGGGUGCGACAGUUAUGGAUAUUGGUUACUUAAGCUUCUUCAUGGGAACUGCUUCUAUGAUCCUGUCACCUAUUUAUGGCUGGAUGGUGGACUCACGUGGAGUGCUGAAGCCUCUUCUGCUAUCGGCGCUUUCUUGCGGAUUUGGCUGCCUCAUUAGAGCCAUUGCCAGUACACCCGUCCACUUGAUCACAGCGCAACUUUUCAUGGGUAUUGGCGGCAGUUGCCAGUGGAGCAUGGUAAAGGGCUACAUUGCGUCAGAACUCCCGCACAGCAAGCGCGCGCUGCUCGUUGUGGGACUACGUGCUCAAAUGACCUUGUUGACGUUGGGGAGCUUCCUCUAUCCUGCGCUCGACUCGGGAUUGCAACUGUUGGGAUUUGCGGAUAAGCUUCUGCGUUACAGGGCCGAGGUUGGAACCUGUGCAAUCUUCUGCUGGGUCGGGAUUGUGAUUCUUAUAGCAGGCUGCUCCACUGCAGGCAGACCGUCAGAUCCGAAGCCACAGAGACAUGUUGAGCAAAGUGUAAGUCGAUGUAGCUUUGACUUCCUUGUCGCAGCUGGCACUUUGAGUUUAGUCUCUUGCUGUCAAUCAGCUUGCCGGACCUUGUGGCCCAUUUACAUUAAGUUUCAUUUCGGUUGGGAGGCGAGAUCUUUCGCUUUCCUAUCCUCAACAAACACGUUGCUUUUCAGCAUAGCCCUGGCAAUGUAUCCGAGCUGGACGCAGAGGAUGUCACAGCGGCAGGUGCUACAAGGCCUGGCAUGGCUGUCACUCCUCACAUUGUUUGGAUUUUGCGUUGGUGCAAGGCAGCAGUCUCUGGGGCUGCCACACCUAUUGCAUGUUUUUCUCGGAGUUCCUUCCUUGGUUUUCGUUGGUGUCUUGACAUCCGGUAUAGAGAUUGCUGCCUCGCUGUGCGUCCCAGCUGAUGCACAAGGCUGGGCCAUGGGACUCCUAAACUCGGCACAGGCAGCAGGUGGGGUUGCCGGAAGUUUGCUGGGCCCGGCACUGUGGACCAUCUCGAUUAGUGAAGUGGCGGAUGUGUCCGCACCCUCAUUGGUUGGAGUACUGCUUUCAGAGGGACGGCUCCCCUUCGUCGUCACCGCGGCAGCGCUGUUGCUAUGUGUGAUGCUCCUGCAAUGUCCACUCUGGCAGCGGGCGGAGCACACAGCGCAGCCUGGGAACAGCACCACUAUUGACAUGGUUCCAAUCGGAUGUGCAACUGAAGACUUGGGUUUCGAUGAUCCUGAAAAUGCGAAAGGCCAUCGGCAGGCCAACGAAGAUGAGAACUUGCCGUUGAACGAAGAGAACUCCAAAGUAUGCUAG